GGAUUACCAUGCUAGUGUUGGCGCACGGAUGCGUUAGUUUUAUAUAUUCGCGCAGUUUUUCUUUUGCCAACCAGUGAAACGGAGACUCGUUCAAUGAUUGUUCACGAUAUUCUUCCUAUAGAAGCCGAAAGCUCAAAAGAUAUUUCAGUCCAUUUUGAACAACUUAUAUUCCAAUAAUGAAUAAAUGUUAUUUUAGGCGAUUGUGGCGGCUCUAGCGGCACGGCAUGAAGUGCGUAUAGGUGCGAAUUGAAACGUGGUGGAUUAGCGUGGACAUGUGCAGCAUAUGUACAUGUAGGUGAGAUCCGAAAUGAAUGCGUGAUGAAAGCGAAAUUGUGCACGUGAAUCUGAUUGUAUUCUUGUGGACUGAAUUCUUCAUUCAACUGAGUUAACCUAGCAAGAGAUCCUCUGGAAACCUGCGAAUCAUAUGCAUUUUCUGUCAGUAAUUGUUGAAAAUGGCUGCUUCCCUUGAUAGAAAAGGUACCUUCAAGGUUGAAUAUCUUCAGAAAAUAGAAGAGGAUGUCCAAGGAAAGUGGGAAAAAACCAAAGUGCAUGAAGAAAAUGCCCCAAAAGAUGAAAAGAAUGAAAAUAAGUUUUUUGUCACAUUCCCUUUCCCUUACAUGAAUGGAAAACUCCACUUAGGUCAUAUGUUUUCGUUAUCAAAGUGCGAGUUUGCAGCACGGUAUCAACGGAUGAAAGGAAAGAAAGUCCUUUUCCCAUUUGGAUUCCAUUGUACAGGAAUGCCUAUUAAGGCUUGUGCCGACAAACUAAAAAGAGAAAUUGCUGAAUUUGGUUGCCCUCCUAAAUUUCCAUUGUCUGAGCUAGUAGAAAUUCCAACACAGACUCAGAGCAAGGCAGAUGAAGUUAUUAAAGACAAAAGUAAAGGCAAGAAGAGUAAAGCAGUAGCGAAAGGGGGAGGUGGAAAGUACCAAUGGCAGAUCAUGCAGAGUUUGGGCCUUAGUGAUGAAGAAAUCAAGAACUUUGCUGAUGAAUCUUAUUGGCUGGAUCAUUUUCCUCCAUUGGCUGUUAAGGACUUGAGAAGUAUUGGUUUACAUGUUGAUUGGCGGCGAACCUUCAUCACAACAGAUGCAAAUCCGUUUUUUGACCAAUUUGUAAGGUGGCAGUUCUUAACUUUAAAAUCCAGAAACAAAAUUAUGUAUGGUAAAAGGUAUACAAUUUAUUCUCCUUUCGAUCAGCAACCCUGUAUGGAUCAUGAUCGAAGUACAGGAGAAGGAGUUGGUCCACAAGAGUACACAUUGAUUAAAAUGAAAUUACUGGAACCGUUUCCAACUGCUUUAAGUAAGCUUAAAGGGAAAAACAUUUUCUUAGUUGCGGCCACACUUCGUCCAGAAACAAUGUAUGGUCAAACAAAUUGUUGGGUGCGCCCGGACAUGAAAUACAUUGCUUUUUCUCUGAAAAAUGGUGAUGUUUUUGUAUGUACAAAGAGGGCUGCUAGAAAUAUGGCUUACCAGGACUUUACAAAAGAAAAUGGGAAAUUAGAAAUACUCUUGGAAUUUGAAGGGCAGGCUAUAAUUGGAGCAGCUCUGAAGGCCCCUCUAACAAAGUAUGAUACAAUUUAUACACUUCCUAUGUUGACUAUUAAAGAAGAUAAAGGCACUGGAGUUGUGACAAGUGUUCCGUCAGAUUCUCCUGAUGAUUAUGCAGCAUUGGUCGAUCUGAAGAAGAAACCUCAAUUCCGAGAAAAAUAUGGCAUAACAGAUGAAAUGGUUCUUCCUUUUGAACCUGUACCCAUUUUGGAUAUUCCGGAAUUUGGCAAUUUGAGUGCAGUUACUGUGUAUGAAAAGUUGAAAAUUCAAAGUCAAAAUGAUCGGGAGAAGCUACAAGAGGCAAAAGAUCUAGUGUACCUCAAAGGGUUUUAUGAUGGGAUUAUGCUUGUUGGUGAAUAUAAAGGAAAGAAAAUACAAGAUGUAAAGAAAUCUCUUCAGAAAGAUUUAAUUAAAAAUGGAGGAGCUGUGAUUUAUUAUGAGCCAGAGAAGCAGAUUAUUUCAAGAUCUGGUGAUGAAUGUGUUGUAGCAUUAUGCAAUCAAUGGUAUCUUGACUACGGAGAAGAGAAGUGGAGAGCACAGGCUGAUAGAGCACUGGAGAACAUGAAUACCUACCACGAGGAAGUGAAAAAGAAUUUCAAUGCAUGUUUGAAUUGGCUUCAUGAAUAUGCAUGUUCUCGUACAUAUGGACUUGGUACUAAGCUUCCUUGGGAUGAGCAAUGGCUUAUUGAGUCGUUAUCAGAUUCAACCAUUUACAUGGCCUAUUACACUGUGGCUCAUUUCUUGCAAGGUGGAACUUUCAGAGGAACAGCAAAUAAUGCUUUUAAGAUUCGGCCAGAACAAAUGACUCCUGAGGUGUGGGAUUACAUCUUUUUCAAAAAUGCCCCUUUUCCAAAGACAACUACUAUUUCUAAAGGCAAUUUGGAUGCAAUGAAGAGGGAAUUUGAGUUCUGGUACCCAGUUGAUCUGAGAUGCUCCGGGAAAGAUCUUAUUCAGAACCAUUUAACAUUUUUCUUAUACAAUCACUGUGCAAUGUGGCCUGAAGAUGAAAAGAAAUGGCCACAAGGCAUUCGAGCUAAUGGCCAUCUUUUGCUGAACUCUGCCAAGAUGUCCAAGUCUGAAGGAAACUUUCUAACCUUGUCAGAGGCUCUGCAGAAGUUUAGUGCUGAUGGUACAAGAUUAUGUUUAGCUGAUUCUGGGGACUCCAUUGAAGAUGCUAACUUUGUGGAAAAAACUGCUGAUGCUGGAAUCCUUCGGCUGUAUACAUUUAUUGAAUGGGUAAAGGAGAUAAUCGCAACUAAGUCUUCUCUUCGAAAGGGGUCAUAUUCUUUCAAUGAUAAUGUUUUCUUCAGUGAAAUGAACUUGAAAAUUAAAGAAACCGAUAACAAUUACAAUAAGAUGUUAUUUAAGGAAGCUCUUCGUACAGGCUUCUUUGAAUUGCAAACCGUGAGAGAUACAUACAGGGAACUGACAUACCUUGAAGGCAUGCACCAAGACCUCAUUCUCAGGUUCAUUGAAGUGCAAGCACUGCUGCUUGCUCCAAUCUGCCCUCAUGUGGCAGAGCAUGUGUGGGAACUCCUUGGCAAGAAAGGAAGCAUCGUUUGUGCCCCUUGGCCACAGGCAGGACCUGUGGAUGAAAUUCUCAUAAAAUCAUCUGCUUAUCUCAUGGACACUGCACAUUCAUUCAGAAUUUACAUCAAGAACCAAACACAACCUAGGAAGCCUCGGAAAGGGGAAGAAGUUAGUCAAGCAGAAAAGCCAACCUGUGCAGUUGUGUAUGUUGCUAAAACCUUUCCUCGGUGGCAGAGUCUUGUCCUAACUACAAUGAAGGAACUCUACGAUAAACAUGGUGAAUUGCCAGAUAACAGAAGUAUUUCUUCAGAAAUGGGAUCGAAAGCCGAGCUGAAAAAGUAUAUGAAACGUGUUAUGCCAUUUGUCCAAACUACUAAAGAGAAAAUGCAGAGUAUUGGAGUAGAUGCUCUUAAUUUGACCCUUGAUUUUGAUGAAAUGAAUGUUCUGGCAAAUAAUAGACUCUACCUGGAGAAUACAUUAGGUCUUGAAGAAAUAAUUUUGAAAUACACUGAUGAAGCUCCUGAGAACAUAAGAGAAGAAUGUCGUCCUGGAAACCCCAACUUGUCACUAACAACCCGACCAGGUGUCCUUGUUAAUUUUGUGAAUCCACAACCACACAGUGGGUGCUUCACUCAUGCCGUGAGCAUCAGUUCAGGGGACAGCGUUGAGAAAGUAGUGUCUCGCUUCAUCAAAACAUCAGGAAUGAAAAGAGAUCCUUCCAGUAUUUGCCUGUGGCGUUAUGAAGAUCCUGUCCUUGGUCCUCGAACAAUACCUGCAUUUAAUCAACCAACACAAGGAAAAGUGCUCAUAACAAAUGAUUCUCUCUUUGAGAUUGACCCACAAAAAUUGUGUGUUAAUGUGAUAAGUAAUGGUGUUAAAAGUCAGCUUGGGUCAAACAUUGUAUACAUGGUGUCGUAAAAGUUACUUUUUAUCUAAGGAAGUAAAUUUGUUGCCUUGAAAAUAAUUGUUUUUAAUUUAAUUAAAUUAUGCAUGAAGCUGUAUUUGGAAACCUGCUGGUUAUAAUACAGUUGGACUUUUCAAAAUCAACUGUAUCUAAGAAUCAUGAUUGCUAAGUUGAACUGCAAUAAUUUCUUUUCAACUCAAUUGAAAUUAUGAAUUUUUUCAGUGAAAUAUUCCUUCAUGUACUUCCUUUCAGAAGGAAGAAAAAACAUUUGCCUCAAUUGCAAAUUUGCAUCGGUAAGUUCACAAGUCUCUGAGGUAUUUUUUUACUUUCUUGCCUUACUUUGUAAGAAAAGAAAGUAUUGUAAUUGUUUGUUGGAAAAUGGUGAUUUUUCAACAGAAAAACAUUAACUUGUUGUCCCUGGUAAUAAAAAAUUAGAUAAGUCUCUUUCCUUUAUGUAUUAGUAAAUUACUUCCUCUAACAUGUUGUGUAGUCAGAAUCUGUUUUGUGGGUCCGUGAACUAAAAAGUUGUUUGAUGGCAAAAUGUCUCUCUGUCCAUCCAUUCAUCCGUCCGUCUAUCUGUCUGUUGUCAAUACUAGCACCUAAACCAUUCAUAGGAUUUUCUCCAAAAUUGAUAUUCAAUGAUUGAUUUGAAGGAACUUGGUCUUGCGAGUUUGAAAUGAAUAUUUUGAUUUUGGGAGGUAUUUUUCAUUUAACCUCAAUUACAUAUUCAAAAGAUUCAUAAAAUUGGCUUCAAGUUUUUUGAUCAACUUUGCCAUUGGAUAACGUAAAUGAU